AUGGCGGUUUAUGUCAUUUGUGGUAAACAUAAUCAUGCGUUGGACACCAAGCAACAAGGUCAUCCAAUUGUAGGUCGACUUAAGCCGGAGGAGAAAGAAAUUAUUUCAAAAAUGUCAAUAAUCAAAGUUUCACCAAGAAACAUACUUGCAGAUUUGAAACAUAAGAGAUCACAAAAUGUGUCAAAUAUCAAGUACAUAUGGUGUGAUGAUAAAGUAAGUGUCCGUGACAUUUUUUGGACCCAUACAGAAAGUAUCAAGUUAUCCAACACAUAUCCAACUGUCCUUAUAAUUGAUUCAACGUACAAGACCAACAAGUAUAGGCUUCCUCUUCUAGAAAUUGUUGGUGUCACUUCUACGGAGAAAACAUUUUCGGUGUGA